UGCGCCUGGUACCCAAACACUUUGUUAAAGCCGCCUGAUAACGCUGAUGAAUGAGCGCGUCUCUAACUGAUGCCUGUGAGGACGAGUGCACGCUGACACCGCUUUCAAACAGGACCUGUUCUUCUCGGAUGCUCUGAGCUGAGCGGCUGCUGACAUGACAACAGACGAGGCAGAAAGUCACCAGAAAAAGCCGAGGCAGCAGGAGGAAGCUGGCCAGGGCGCCAGACCUCCUACGCCAGAGGACGACCAGCUCCGGCCUCAAAACCACAACCCUGCUGGCCGCGGUCUCACACGCCUCUUUUCCUCCCUCCUGAAAAGGCGCUCACAGUGUGAGAGCGAGGGAGGAGAAAAGGAGGACAAGGAGGAAGAAGCUAAAGCACCCAUCGCUGACCCCGAGCCUGAACUAAAGACGGAGGGCGAGGUCGCCCUUGACCAGCACUCAGUAAGCAGCGCUGAGGCUCAGGCGACCCAGGUAGAGAAGAAAGAGACUGACGAGGACAAGGUUGGGAAAGACGUGGAGAAACACGAGGACAAGGACGGGGAGGUUACCGUGGAGAAGGAAGAGGAGAAGGACAAAGAGAAGAAGGAGGAGGAGUCUGGCCCUGAAGAAGGCAGCAGGGGAGAAAAGGACGAGAAAACAGCAGAAGAAGAAGCCAAAGGUCCCAGAGCGCCGCGCCGACCCAAGAGCAUGCAGAUCAAAGUCACACUGCUGGAUGACACUCAGUACGAGUGUGAGCUGGACAAACACGCUAAAGGCCAGGAGCUGUUCAUGAAAGUGUGCGACCACCUGAACCUGCUGGAGAAAGACUACUACGGCCUGGCGAUCUGGGAAACUCCCACUAUGAAGACUUGGAUGGACCUGACCAAAGAGAUCCGCCGGCAGGUACAAGGUGCCAACUAUAAUUUCACUUUCAAUGUAAAGUUCUAUCCACCGGACCCGGCCCAGCUGUCAGAAGACAUCACAAGAUACUAUCUCUGUCUCCAACUGCGAAAGGACAUCCUCCAGGGCCGCCUUCCCUGCUCCUUCGUUACUCUGGCUCUGCUGGGCUCCUACGCUUUGCAGUCAGAGCUUGGUGAAUAUGACCCCGAAGUGCACGGCAGUGAAUAUGCUAAAGAGAUGAAAAUGGCCCAAGGUCAAACCAAGGAGCUGGAGGACAAAAUGAUGGAGCUGCACCACACAUACAGAUCCAUGAGCCCAGCGCAGGCAGAUCUGAUGUUCCUGGAGAACGCCAAGAAACUUUCCAUGUAUGGAGUGGACCUCCACCAGGCCAAGGAUCUGGAUGGAGUUGACAUCAUACUGGGGGUUUGUGCCAGUGGUCUGAUGGUUUACAAAGAUAAACUGAGGAUUAACCGUUUCCCCUGGCCCAAAGUCCUCAAAGUCUCCUACAAACGAAGCAGCUUCUUCAUUAAAAUAAGACCAUCCGAGGUGGAACAUUAUGAGAGUGCCAUCGGGUUCAAGCUUCCCAACUACAAGGCAGCCAAAAAGCUGUGGAAAGUGUGUGUCGAGCAUCACACCUUCUUCAGGCUGACCUCCUCUGAGAUGGCCACCACCCCGAGGAAGUUCCUAGCGUUGGGCUCGAAGUUUCGUUACAGCGGCCGGACUCAGGCGCAGACCAGACAGGCUAGCUCUCUGAUCGACAGACCAGCUCCCCUUUUCCAGCGCUCGUCCAGCAAGAGGAACUCUCGCAGCCUGGAUGGAGCAAUGGUGUCGACUCCCGACAACAAGUCCAGCCGUCCCGUCAGUGCCCCUGUUAUGUCACCAGUGUCACCUGGGGAGGCCACCCCGUCACCACUGCUACCCACCCUGCCUCGUUCUCACCACCAUGAUGUCUCCACGCCCAGAGGACACCGAUAUUCCAGCAGAAAGGCGGAGUUACAGGCAGAAUGCCUGAAAACUGACAGCGUCAAGAGCCACAGUGCCAAGUCUACUCCAGAGAUUAAGAAAAGAUCAAAGAAACUUGAGGGUGAAACAAUUUAUAUCAGACAUAGCAAUUUAAUGUUGGAGCAGUUUGGUUUGUCUGGAAAAUCUGUUCUUCCACAACCUCUAAAGGACCUGGAUAAGACCCAGACUGAAAUUAUGCGGCACCACACCAGCAUCAGCGAGCUGAAAAGGAGUUUCAUGGAGUCUGUGCCGGAGUCUCGGCCCAGCGAGUGGGAUAAGCGUCUCUCCACCAACUCUCCUUUCCGCACGGCGAGCAUCAACGGUCAGCUCCAACCAGCAUCUCCUGUGCUAAAGACCCAGACAAUCACCAUCUCAGAUGUUACCAAUUCUGUAAGAGGAACUGCAGCCUACAAGGACACACCCUUAGUUCACACUGAAACCAAGACCAUCACAUACGAGUCAGCUCAGCCGGUGGACAGUGUGGCAGAGAGGGAGUCGGGAGUGCUGCUGAGUGCCCAGACGAUUACUUCUGAGACCAUCAGCACCACCACCACCACCCAGAUCACCAAGACGGUGAAAGGAGGGAUCUCUGAGACUCGCAUUGAAAAGAGAAUCGUCAUCACUGGGGACACAGAAAUAGAUCAUGACAAGGCUUUGGCCCAGGCCAUCAAAGAGGCAAAGGAGCAGCACCCAGAUAUGUCUGUCACCAAAGUGGUCGUGCAUCAGGAGACGGAGAUCACCCCGGAGUAAGACGGAUCCUGUGGAAGGCAAGUGAAACAUCUGGAUUUCAUCUGUCCCCCAAGUAUCCACGGGUCUGACUGAAACCACUUGAAGAUCAUAUUGAGUGUAAUUAUAAUGACGAGGAUAAAAGAAGAUGUUGAAAAAGUUUAAACUUAACCAAGAAUUCAGACUCAAACCUCCUAACCACCUCCACCGAACCACUAACCAGCAUAAAUAAUUAGGAAACAGCAGUCGUGCCACUGUUCCAGUUUACAAUAACAGCCACCAAAACAAACGUAUUUACAGGAAAAGCUGUGAUGGAGACGAACUACAUCACCAAACUGUUUCAAAUAUAGGAGGAUGAUGAUACUUAAUGAUAGAAACCGACUGAACCGAGUCAUAAACAUGGAGAUGUUUAUGACACACAUCAGUAAUGAAAACCUGCAGAAGUAUCUCAGGUGUUUGCAUGAACGUGAAACGUGGUACUUCCUCAGUGUAAGGUGCCCAUGUGGUUUUAAUAGUUGCCUUGGAUACGUGAUGUUAAAGGGUCCAGGCUGGGAAUCUGAUGCUGUUGAGCUGGUUGGCAGGCUGGUAUGUAAACGGCCCAGCCUACCUCCCAGUUUGUCUGAACAUGUGAGCAGGGCCGGGAGGGCUGGGUGGGCUGGGAGGGCUGCGUGGGCUGCAGAUUAUUGAAGCCCUCAGUGCUGUCUCACAGGAAGAUGAGGAAGGCACGAUGCCAACUAAAGCUACCAAAGUGGUGAAAGGAACAAUAAUGAUAGUUUUGUAAAACACUUUGUUCCAGAGAAUAAAAACCAUCAGAGAUUUUUGUUGGUUUGUUAACAAACUCAGCAGCAUCACUGAGUGAAGCUCAGCAGAGCUAAGAAGCAGAGGCUGGUGAAUCUAACAGCUUCCACAAAGAGCUGCGUCGUGUACGAGCACAUGGGUCCUUAAACACGUUCAUCAGCGUGUUUACUGUGGAGUCAAUGAGUCACAUGAUCCUUACUCAGUAUCCCAGCAACACAGAAACUAUACGACAGGAUAUGAGCUGUAAAUGUUUGAUGGUCAGUUUCACGACUUUUUAAUGAAUUGUACAAUAAAACAUUAUUAUUCUUCUUCCAUCUAUAAAAUAAUGUUUUAUUAUAAUGGCCAAUAAAUAUGAAUUAAAAAGUAUUUUAAAUAAACUAUUAACAAUAAAUGAAUCUGUAGUUCAGCCGAGGACAGAAAUAACAAUCAAAUAAAUAAACUCAGUAAAAAGUGUAUUUAAAAAUGAUGUAAUGUUUUAAAAUCUUUAGAAAGCACGGAUGAACAAAGUGACUCAGAGUACAGAUCUGCAGCAGCUUUUUGUCUGGCACCAAAGAAACUUGAGUUUUCAGUUUGACUCGAGGUGAAAUGCUUCAUAGAAAUAAGUGCUGGUCUUUAAGACUAAUGUAACGGCAACCUUCAGUCCCUCUUUGCCGUUUCUGCAGGACGUAAAGAUUCUGACUCGUGCUCUUGUUUAGUAGCUUGGAUGCCUUCCGGUAGCAAAAACGAGGUGAAGAAAAAAAGGGGCAAAACAUUUAUUUUCCAUAUAAAUCGAAAGGUACAAAACAAAUGCCUCUGGUGGGAGCUCCGUUUACAUUCCCUUUAUGUUACAACACAAAAUAACAUUAAAACGGCGACGGUCAGAAAACUGUUGCUCCACGUCCUGCUCGCUUACCUAACCUUUU